CAAGUGGGUGGAAGGGGAAAAGGGAAGACACGGAGUCCGGCAGGCCGCCGGGAUGAUCCUCUGCGGUGGCCGGAGACCAUGGCCCAGCCGAGGCCGCCACGGCUGCAUGACAACGGGGGACGAGAUUUUGACGCAAAGCAAAAGAGAAAAAUAGCCGAGAUCUACCAAGUGCUAAACAAUGAGCCUGUUGACAUUGCUCCCCUCCGGCGCAUGGCUAUCAGCGAAGGAGGUCUCCUCGUGGAUGAGAUUCGCUGCAAAGUAUGGCCCAAACUGCUCAACGUGAACAUAGAUGACCUGCUCCCUACACCAGAGGAAGAACUUCGGGAGAAUAGCAAAGAUUAUCAGCAAGUAUUGUUGGAUGUGAGGCGAUCCCUCCGACGUUUCCCUCCAGAUAUGCCAGAUGAGCAAAGGGAGGGACUGCAGGAAGAGUUGAUAGACUGCAUCCUGCAAGUUCUGCAGCGCAACCCACAGCUCCAUUAUUACCAGGGCUACCAUGACAUCGUGGUCACAUUUCUUCUCGUCGUGGGGGAGAGAGUGGCCGCCACCCUUGUGGAAAAACUUUCAACCCAUCACCUCAGGGAUUUUAUGGAUCCAACGAUGGAUAACACCAAGCACAUCUUAAAUUACCUGAUGCCCAUUAUAGACCAAGUGAACCCGGAUCUCCACGAUUUCAUGCAGAGGGCCGAAGUGGGAACCAUCUUUGCCCUCAGCUGGCUGAUCACUUGGUUUGGACACGUCUUGUCUGACUUCAGGCACGUGGUGCGGUUAUAUGACUUCUUCCUAGCCUGUCACCCGCUGAUGCCCAUCUACUUUGCAGCAGUGAUUGUGCUCCAUCGGGCAUCAGAAGUUCUGGCCUGCGACUGUGACAUGGCUUCCGUCCACCAUCUCUUAUCCCAGAUUCCCCAGGAUCUUCCUUACGAGACACUCAUCAGUCGGGCUGGAGACCUCUUUGUUCAGUUUCCCCCAUCAAAGCUUGCUCAGGAAGCUGCUCAGCAGCAAGCCGAGAGAACGGCGGCUUCCACCUUCAAAGACUUCGAGCUGGCUUCAGCCCAGCAGCGGCCCGACACCAUUCUCCGGCAGCGCUUCCGAGAACGACUCCGAGCUGAGGAGAGCGCCAAAUCACUCUUGGCGACAAAACCAAGGACCAACCGCUUUGUCAAGCUGGCAGUGAUGGGGCUGACGGUAGCACUGGGGGCAGCAGCUCUGGCUGUGGUAAAGAGCGCCCUUGAAUGGGCACCCAAAUUCGAACUGCAAAUAUUUCCCUAGGAAGGAAGGAAGGCACUCCCUCUCUCAUCUCCUGCCAGAUGGUCCACAGGCUGGCAGCCAUCUCUGCAGAAGGCAAGCUUUCAGGGUUUUCAGGGUAGCGGCCACAAAUCAGUUCUCUUCCACGAGCAGCCUUUGGAAUAGAGGAGGACAGUUGCCUUGGGCUGCCACAGGCUGGAUGGUCCCAAUUUUGCUGGCUUUUUUGGCCAGCUGACCCAAGUGGCAAUUGACCAUUUUGUACUCCAUGAAGACCUCUUCUGUCCUCCGGCUUCCACUUGAUGAAAAGGGAAGACAUUUAUUCAGAGAAAAGCGGUGGUGUUCCUGCAGUUUUAACUGAAUGAGAGACCUGACUUAGAUAAGCUUUGGGAAUCUCAGUACCCUCUCCAAACGAUUCCAUUGUCUGUCUUAUCAAAAAUGGAAGAGGGCAGCUAGUUUCUGGGCAGUUGCAACAGCAGAACUGGACUCCUGCUGGCUCUCCUUUGGACAUCUGCUGUGUUAGCUAGAAAGGGAGCAGCAGGAAAGUGGGUCUUGUUAUAGCAUGGAAUAGAUCUUCUUGGGACUUUCAAAAUGUCUGUUGCUAUCAAAGUUGAAAAUCAGUAAUAAUUACCCAAAUCAAAGUGGGAUAUGCGGAACUUUCCCUGACAGAAAAUGGGAGUUUCUCUUUGCCUGCAUGAAGGACUCUCACAGAGAUGGUUCACUUUAUCCCAUGCACUCUGUCAGUGAUUCCCCACUCCCCCACUCUACUUCCUCUAGAAAAGCCUCUCACAAGUGUCCUUACCCAACCUUUGCUACUUUUGGCAAACAAGUUCUUGGCCAUCUUGGAAGCCACCAGCCAAGAGUAAGCAUCUGAAGAGUAAGAGCCACCCCCCCUACCUUCAAUGCCCAAGCCAAGGAUUGCUCACUUUGUCAGGUUGGCACCAGCGGGUAAUGCAUUGAGCAAAGAGAGGAUGACUGGACAGCUGAGCAUCGAGGUUUGCAGCAAGCUCAUCCUGCCAUGUUCUUCAGGCUGGAGGAUGAGCCCACAAUGUCCUUCAGAAGUUCCACCUCAUGGAAAGACCUAGAGCUCAGCUUUGUGUGUGCUUCUUUAAAACCAUUGCACUUAAUUCUGCUGUGUGCUGAGAUUGGCUUAUACUGGAAGACAGGUGACCAGGGCACCCACAGCAAGUUGUCUUUCCCAUGUGCUUGCUGGCCUUCUCUUCUGGACAAGCUCGGGAGUGAUGCAAGAAGGACUGUGCCUUCCUCCAGGGGUUGGAUUGGGCUUGUGGAUCUAAAGACCACCUUAACUAAGAAGCUGGAUGGACUUGAACCUUUUCUUUGCAGUUGCAGUUGCAGUACGGUUGUUCAGCAGUUUCUAGGCAGAUCAGCCAUUUGUCUCCCAACUUGUUUAAUGACGAAUUUUGGACUCUACCAUACCUCUGAAGCUGGAGGGGACCAUUGGUACUCUUUCCCCAAAAACUGGGGUCUAAAUACAGUGUCAUAUCAUGAGAAAGAACUGGGCGUGAGGUGGUGCCAUCAGAAGAGCAGUGACGAAAAGGGAUGAGGCAAGUCAUGCUGUGGCCAAGAGGAGGCCUCUAAGAGAAGGGGGCCUGUGUAGGUGGCUGGGGAAUCCCUGAGCUCGUGUUCAAGAAAAGCACUUUACAAAAAUCAGUCCUAAAAGAAGAAUGAGGCCAUGGCAGAGAAUGGCCUUUGUAGAGAGAAAUACUAAGGCAGGAAACACUCCCUCCCUUUCUUUGUAGUGGCCUAUUGAUUUCUGGUUUGUUAGAGUAGAGGCAUUUCCUCCUCCUCCUGCUGGAUCUGUUAUAGUAACCAACCAAAACUCCAGAUUUUAGCCCUAAAAUUUGCUGUAACUAUAGGAAGUGAAACAUGCAGUGAUUAGAAAGAGAAAUUCUAUUUCAUGCUUUCAUUGUAUUUUGUAAGAACUGUCUUACCAGUUCAGCUUCGGUCAGCAGAAUCUAGCAGUGCUAUUUUUGGAGAAGGUUUUGUUAAGGCUUGAGUAAUUUCCUCUCCCUCCCUCUCAACCCACACCCAGAGUCCUACCCAUAGAAAACCAGGCAUCAAGGAACAUUUGGCAAAAGGAUGCUCUAUCUUCAUAGGAGCAAUUUGGACUUUGCCCUGCAGUCUAGAAAAAAACUUUGCCCUUGGAUUUUGCUGGUUAUUCACACUUCUGUUGGACAGAGGAAAGGACAGUGAUGCACAUCUGCUGAGGACCUGGCCUCCUCCAAGGGUGAAUUAACUGGGACACCACUGCCAGGGUGAAGCUGGGAAGAGGGGAACAGACGAGGCUUGGAGGCUCCACCAUCUGUAGGUGACCCUUUUCCUUUGCUGCUAUUCAGGCAGGAGGGUACACCUCCAGGGGUGUGGGCUUCUGGCCUGCCUGGUUACCAGUUUCUGACAAAGCAGCCUGGCAGCAUUUGCUCUGAAUACCAGCUGAUGGGACACUUCAACUUUACGUGAUCCUGUGCUUGUCAACAGAGCAAUUGUGACCCUAGAAGUCCGUGGCUUGGGCCCACUGCAGUUGUGUGCCCACCAGUCCAGAGCAUCUUGCCCACCUGUCACGUGCUUAACUUCACCCCACAGUGGACAGGCAGGUAGCAAAGCCCAAAAGUUGAGUUAGCAGAGAAAAAUGGGGAUACCAACAGCCCUCCCGUCGUGCAUGGGAAUUCCUGGACAGUGUAGCUAUUUUGUAUACUCUAUGUACGUAUGUAACAUGUAGAUUUGUACAGGGCUUGUAAUUGUAUAAAAUAAAUAAAUGCGGUAUUAACUUACUAAAGCACAGGUUGGCAGUGGGCUGUUUUUCAGGAAGAUGCCACAGCUCUUCCCCCGGCCACAUGAAAUAACCAAGGCUUUUCUUCCUUCCCACCCUUCCUCUUCCUCCUUAUGCUUUGACUAAUCAGUCUUCUAUUUCCAGCCUCCCUGGAAACAGG